GCUAUGAAACAGAGUGGUACAAACAAGUUUCUUGUUGAUGGAUUCCCUCGUAACAAAGACAACUUAGAUGGUUGGAAUAAAGAAAUGCAUGACAAAGCAGAUGUACAAUUCAUUUUGUUUAUAGAUUGCUCUGAAGAAGCUUGUAUUGAUCGGUGUUUAAAGAGAGGAGCUGCAGGGAGUGGACGCUCUGAUGAUAAUUUGGAAAGUCUUAAAAAGAGAUUCCGUACAUUUCACAAUGACACACUACCUAUUGUAAAUCAAUUUGGCGAAAAGGGAAUGGUUGUAAAAGUAGAUGGAAGCUUAGACCCUGAGACAGUGUUUGAUAAAAUCCAAGACACGUUUUCAAAACAUUCUUAAAAUCUGCAUAUUGAACAAUUCCAGUGCUGCAUUUAUACAGUUGUUAUUGUUGUGAAAAGGUCUUAUUAAUUAGAUAGAAUAUAUUAUCAAAUAUAGAAGAUAUAUAUUUCCAGUUCCAGUUAUAUAUAUUAUAUGUCUGUUGAUCAAUCUUGAUUACUUAAAUAGACUGUCCCUUUUGUGCUUGCAAAAAGGAAGUGCCACUUUAACCUAUUUUUUGGGUAACAUUUUGCAUGAAUUUGUAUUUCAAAUUGCCAUGGUAUCUUGUAUAAUCUUAUGUAGCAAAUCAAACUUUUAAUGUGUUUACAUUUUUUUGUAACUCUGAUAUCUUGAUGUAUAAGAAUCUCUCAUAAAAUAGGAAUAGUUAUAAAAUAUAUAAAUGUUUUAACAUCAGAAAUUUACAACUUGCUUUUUAAAAUUCAGCUGUACACAAGAUUUCCAUUAUUUACAUGUUAUUGAAAAAUCGUAGAGUUAGCCUCAAGAAAAUAAAGCUCUAAAGCCUGAAUCAUAAUAAGUAAGAAGAAAAAUUAAAUUUAUCACUUACUUAUACUCAUGAAUAAAAAAUAAAUUUCAUAACAAAUAGAAAUUUCAAACUUCUUCAAAAAAAAAAAUUCUUUUGAAAUGUUUAUCUUAUCUUUCCAAAAAUAAUUUCAAAUUCAAUAGAAUAUUUUUGCAAUAAUUCCUAAAAUAGGUGUUGGCCUUCUGCACUGGGGUCCCAGGUGGUCAGUUGGUGAAAUUGUGGCAAAUGCUUUAGAUCUGCACUUGGCUUAGGUGCCUAAUGCAGACCCAUUAGAAAAACAGGAAACAACAAUUAAUUAUAAUUAUUAAGCUGAAAAUUCCUGAUGUUAAAUAUUAGUAAUGUUAUGAAUAUUAUAUAAUGCUGUACAGUUAAUUAUAUUAUAUGUGUUAUUCGAGAUUAAGCAUAGUUUUCUUUAACUGCUAUUGCAAUCUUUUUAAAUUCUAUGCCUAUACUUUUAUGUAGCUAUGGCCAAGUCAGGGUUGGGUUUUGGACUGUCCAAAACUGGUUUAGAACACGACAGGUGGUUUGUACCGUCCAAAAGUGUCUUAAACUGUCCAAAAGUAUGCCAAAGCUAAAGGGGUGUAAUCUAAUCAAUUUGUAUUUAGCGCAAUAUAAAUACUAAUAUAAAUAUUAAUAAGGUUUAAUUAAUGCAUAUUUGAAAUUUUUUUUUUUCCGAAAUUUUCAUUUAAAAAAAUAUUUUGCUUAAAAAAUUGCCAAUAACUCUAUAUAUAAAAACUUCCUUAUGUAACAAAAUUCACUACACUACCAAGACCUAAUUUCAGUUCCAUUUAUAGCUCAAAGUAAUGUUAUUAAAUGUGUGAUAUUUAGGUGCAAAAAAAAAGACUAAUUUUGUAAACAAUUUUUGUAUAUGAGUUUUCUUACAAAAUACAGUUCCGCAAAAAAUGUAGUU